UACUUAAGUAUAAGAAUGUAAUGAUACCUGGUAACAUGAUGCAUUGCUACGGUAAAUUGUGACAAUGUGCAUUGUAGUAAUGUGCAAUUCACAUCGUGUAUAUGAGCAUUCUAUUAGCUAUGCAGGUAAUGCAUUUGCCCUGUUUGAACACCGACAUCCCAAUCUGCGCAACCCAUAGAGUUAAAAUAUAUAGAUAGCUCCAGACCACAAAGACAGACAUGCAUUAUAGGUUAUAUGGUUACACAACCAUGUUAUAAGCAUUAAAAGAGGUCCUUAGUAGCUUUAAAACGAUACCAGCCCCACACCGCUGCGAUCUACAGUGCCUGAGAAAGAGGCUGCGAAAGUCGGGUAUUUUAGCCAUCUUUGGAGCUCUACUUCCAGUUAAAAUGACUCUAAGCUGCUAUGGAGCACAUCAUGUUUCAGUUGAUCAUUUAUCCCAGGUCAGAGACUUUGUUUAUUCAGUCAAAUUUUUGGGAAGAUUUUAUACAUUUAUUUAUUUUUAAGAUAUGGUGAACCUGUAGUACAUUUUGUUUAAAUAUCUGUUCAUAGCAAUUUUUGAUUUAUUUAGUUUUAUACAGACAACAGCGCACAUUGUUUUGCACUGUUACUGAUUCAGAAAUAAGAAAGGAGUCUUUUAAGUCAUAAUUUUUCUUCAUUCAAAUUUUGUUCAAAAUAUUCAGAUAAUCAAAGUGAAUCAUGAAUCAUGAAACCAAUAUCGUGAAUCGAAUCUUGAACUGAGUGUAUUGUUACACCUCUACUUAAGUAUUAUUUUGGUGUAUUUAUUCUUUACUUGAGUAUUAUUGAAAUUGAAUACUUGAUCCUUUUAAUUAGAUUUCCAAGAAAAAAAACUUUACUGUUUACUCCUUACAUUUUUAUUUAGACCUUCAUUUUAUGUAAAAGUGUAAUUGAAGGUACACACUGGCUGUGAUGGGCAGAUUGCGCCUUGGCCGAUGGAUGUAGUGGGAUUCAGCAUGUGCUAUAGUUAGAGCAUCAAGGUGCUUUGCACCACUGUGACUCUCAGUUAAAAGUUUAAAAGUACAUACCAAAUGAAAACUUUUGUAAAAGUAUAUAAGGAGUAGAGUUUAUUCUCUUCACCAUUUAUCCACCCUUGUUGCUUGUGUUGUCAAAACCUGGAAAUUCAAAAGCACUACAACUAGCCCAGGAUUAACAAGCUCACGAAACAAGCUACCACUGAUCAUCCUGAACUCAUGAUGGAAUUUAUCUGAAUUCAGAUGAGCAAAAUGAUGUAGUUGGAUUUAGUUCAAUUUCAUGUGAAUAAAGUUGACCCAAUAUCUAUCCUUACCCUACGUACACACUAACAAGCGACAAAGCAGCAGGCAACCAUUCAUUUUCUGUGUUCAUUUUCCAAUUUCAGCAACAAGUGCCAAACUACAGCGCAGCAAGAGACAUUUGAAUUUUCUCAGUUCUAUGCCAACUAGGUAUGACAUGGUAAAGAGACAACUUCAGAUUGGCUCAAAUGAUUCCUCAGAUCAGGACUAUGGUGACAGUGAUUUGAAAUUUUUUCCCUUUUCACAACUUAAGUUCCUACCUGCAGUUAGUUCCCAUUUCCUGCAAAUUGGAAGAAAAACUUAUAACUGUGGUUUCAUCUUAUCCUGUCAUAUAUUCUCUUUUAUUAUGCAUGUAUUAUGAAGAAAAAUGAUGCUUGGAAGAAAGUAGCAGAGAUCGUUGGUGCCUCUGCUGAGUGUACAUAGCUAAUAGAGUUAGCUUGACCUUCAGACUGCCAGAUGGGAACCUGAUUCAUUAUUUGAAUCUCUUCAUCUGUAUUAUGACUCAAAUCCUGACUUGCUGCACAGCUAUUAUGUGUUUUGUCCUGAUUAGUACACUAUAUAAGCUCUGCAUUUCUUCCCGUUUGUUGCUCAGCCUUGUGUUUGUGUUUCCAUGAAUAGUGCACCUCCAUUAAGAUCACCCUGCCUCGCCUUGUCUUUGUUUUGUGUUUUAGUUUAAAAUAAAAUUAUGUCUGUGUUUGCAUCUGACUCCAGGGGAAGUCAUGACACUACUGUUGCUCAUUAGAACUAAAAAAAACACUGGACAGUACACACCCACAAGCGACAACAGUACUACAUGUACAUAUACAUCCACAACCACAAGAGACAAACUACAAACUAAUGUGAACAUAGGAUUAACUUGGUUAGAAUGUCAUAAGAUUUGAGAUAUUGCAAGCGGGAAACCAUAUUGGCUUAGACUUACCUCAAGAGACCUCACAAAGCUUCACAAGUAACACUGACGAAUAUAGGGGUAUAUACACUAAAGAGAAGUGGUGAUGCAACCUAAACACAACAAGGUUGUGGACAUAAUUUUCGUAGAGUGUAAAAAGAAAGGAGGCAAAAUGAAAGAUUCAGCUUUCCUAUAAACAAGCAGAAAUGGGGUUUAUGUUUUUUCCCCCAUUUAGGUUUACUUACGCACAAAUUUAAAAUCAGCGUAAAAUAAAUGGAAAGCUCCCCAGAAUGAAAGAGGGAGAUGGAGAAGAGGGAAGUUGAGACUGUCAGAGAGAAUGAAAGAGGUGUGUAACCUGCCCUGUGACAUCACCGACAUGGUUUCCAAUCAUGCAUGCUGAUUGGCUGAGGGGAGGGAAGUAAUUUGAUUCCUUUCUCAAUCCACUGUGUUUUGGGAUAGAGGUAGAGAGAGAGAGAGAGACAGAGAUAAACGGAGGAAGAAAGACGCAGAGGAUGUUGGUCACUCUUUUUCAGGAUUUGGCCAGAUAGUAUUUGGAAUUUCUAAAUGUUUAUAUUAAGCUCGCGCCUAAAAAGUGUGCGCACGUGUGCGUGUGUGUGAGAGUGAGAAAUGGCUGGAGAUCCGAGUUAGCUGUGGAAGUGCUUCGCCUGGUGGUUUAAAGUUCACUCUCCAGUUGAUUUGUUGUUUUUGGCUUACAUUUUUGGUUUUGGAGAAAAACAAAAAAAAAGAGCACCACUCCUUGCGACACCUGAUCUGAGAGAGAGCACGGUGCAGAUUUAUGCUGUAGUGAGUCCCUUACGGCGUCACCUUGCCAUCGAGCCGAUACAGACCAAUGCAGUGGAGGAGUUCAGAUACGCAUCAAACACAGGAACAGUGAGCCCGGAUCCCGUCCCCAUUCUUGGCACUCCACUAAGCUGAGUGAGGACCCUCUGGACUCUGACAGCAUGAUGCAGAUUUCCCAGGGUGCCAUGGGGGCUCCCUGGCACCAAAGCUACCAUGCCAGUGCCUCCACCACAGACCUGUCAGGUUAUGAUGCAGGAUUUCUGAGGAAAAGUCCAGACCAGUACAGUUCAAGGGGAAGCAUGGAGAGCCUAGAUCAUUCAAACCCUGCUUACAGUUCCUGCAAUCAGCUGUCAGUCUCCAAAUCCUCCAAUAGUAUUGAUCAUCUGCACAGCAAACGUGAUUCUGCAUACAGUUCCUUCUCUACCAGCUCAAGUAUCCCAGAAUACCUUGCUGCUGGGCCAUCAUUCAGCAAGGAACGGUCAUACUCCAUGGACAGUGUUCCUCAACAUAGAACUACAGAGGGCAUGCAUCAAGCAGAUAUUCGCUAUGUGCGCACUGUCUAUGACCCUCAACAGGGCAUGUCUGCAGAGCAUGAGAUCCUUUCUGCAGCAAUCCUAAAAGAUAAUGAGAGCAAAGCACAGUCUAGACGUGGAAGCAUAAAGGGCAGGGUUUGUCACCGUUCCAACAGUACCAGUGGCAGUAGCAGUAGCAGUGGAAGCAGUGGUUGUGGUACAGUCACAUCUCAUCGUCACAGUGCGGGACCAGUAUGGGGCCAAACACACAAUGGCAACUCUUAUGAAAACCUGAAGGGGGCACCUUCACCUCCCUUACGUAGUGACAGCUAUGCAGCCACCCGGAACCAUGAGCGACCCAGCUCAUGGUCCAGUCUUGAGCAGGCUCGGUCUUUACGGGCUCUUCACAAGGGUUCUUGGCAUCACUCCAGUGGCUCUGUGGCAUCAGGAAGAUCAUCAUUUGGAAUAGAGGGUCAACUUCACACUGUAAUUGAAAAGAGUCCUGAGAGUAGCCCAACGAUUAAACCCAAACAAAGCCUUCCAACUUUAUCACAACCUGGAUCAGCCAUGCUGCCUACUGGCAUCUACCCUGUUCCACUGCCAGAGCCCCAUUUUGCACAGAUACCAACUACAAACCCCAGCUCUAGUAGUGUUUACCCAGCACUUGCCAAGGAGAGCAAACCCAUCCCUCAAAAAGAACACUGUGGAGGAGUAGACUCUGGUGUUAGGAUGGCAGCAGAAAAUGGAUACCAAAGCAUUGCUUCCUACUCCGGCUCUGUCCAGUCUCUUGUUUUCCCACAACCUAAACAACCAAACCAGGUGAAAGAUGACCCACAGACCAAAUGUGGCUUUUACAGGUCUCAUUUCCAAACACAGGGGUCCAGGCCCCCAGUGCUGUCCAUAGGCCAGGAAAGAAAGGACCCUUACACCCCUGUUCAGCCUAGGCGAGAGAGACCCAGAUACUCACAUGGCAUGGAUAUUAUGGAAUCGUACAGACAACCUAGAGAGGAAGAGCUAAGCAGAUGUCAGGAACAGAAUGUCCAUCCACAACCAUUUUACUCAUCAUGUGAAGGUUUACAGGAACAUGCCCAACCUCAAGGAAGUGAUCAAAGAAUCAACACUUCAGGUGGGUUCCACAAUGAAUCCAGCACCUAUCAACAGAGGGACCAAGAUCUGGAUCAUCCACUAACCCGACUUGAGAAUGCACUAGCAGAGGUCCAGAGAUGUUCUAGCCCACAGAACACUCCUAGCCACUGCAGCAUCCAAAGUGAGCGUAGCAUGUCAGUAAUGGAGAAAGUCAGUCACUUUGAGAGACAGCAGACCAAACCACGUAGUCACAGUCACAGUCUCUCCAAUUACAGCUCCUCAAUUUGUCCAAGUCAGGCUACCCACAGUGCCAAGAGGUCCCUGUCUGGGCUGAAAGAUCUGCAAAAAGGGUAUGUCCCUCAAGGGAGGAGUUGGAGUACCAGCCAAGAGGGAAAUGCAGAAUCAUCACAGGAUUUGCAGCCAAGGUGUGUGAGCACUGAUCAAGCUCAGCAUAGGAAACCACAUGACCUACACCGAAGCAAGAGUUCUUUCCAACUUAAUGAGGAAAAUAGCAAAGACUUUCAUAGGAGCAAGAGCACUUUUCAUCUUGAGGACAAUGGUAAAGACAUCCAAUUGAAAGAAGACCAUCAGGACAUCUUAGGCACAGGUGCUGACACCACCUUUACCCUAGCAUAUAGAGAUAGCAUCAAGGAUGCUCAGUCCAAGGUGCUGAGAUCCACUUCAUUCCGAAGACGAGACUUAAACAUAAACCCUCCACCUGUGCCUGUGAAGCACAUGUCCCUGGAUAGAAAGGGAACCAAUAUGAGCCCCAAACCCAACACCUCUCCACACACUCCUAAAGAACGGCAUGUUAUUCCUGUUGAGCUACCAGACAAAACAAAUGCUCCUGAGCUUCCAAGAAUCCCUCCUGUAGGGCCUCCAGUUAUGCGAAUAUGUGGCCGAAAACGACUGACCAUGGAACAAAAGAAACUGUCAUACUCUGAGCCAGAGAACAUUCAUGAAGUUGGAACUUCUGACAAAGAGUCUGGCUUAUUUCAAAGGAAGGCACCCCCACAAUUCCAGCUUCCUGAGACAAGUGUUGCAGAUCGACGAAGGAUGUUUGAACUUGUAGCUACUCGUAGUGCAGGUACUAAAUUGGCCACCUCAAGACCUGAGUUAAAGCAGAUGCAGCAAGAUGCUUUGGCUGAUUAUGUGGAGCGCAAGACUGGUCGACGAAUGGACGGACGUCCUCAUCGUCCUCAUAGUGCCUACAUGCACUCAAAUUCCUGUUCAUCCAUGGACUCACAAAGCCGAACCUCCACCACUAGCAUGGGCUCUCUUCAGGAGCCAGGACAAGAGGGUAUCUCUGAAGUUAACUGCCAGUCCUUUACUUUUACAGCCAAUAUACAAUAUCCCUUACACUCCAGCAGGAACACCCAAACUCAGACUCAAUCUGAAAUCUAUCAGUCUGCCUUUAGACCACAGAGUGCAGAACCACAGAAACCAGAAAGGCAAGCAAAGAGAACCAUUCCAGGCCAUGUUCCAGGUGCAAGCUUGGCUUACCUCCCCAGUGUCCCUGCUAAUCAAAGCUUGGAUGAAGUUUUCAAAAGAGCUGUUCCAGCCAGAAGCUCAGGGAAAUCAGCUUCUGCAGAGGACCUUUUGGAUCGCAAUCAAGGUCGCCCUGUUUCUCAGCACUUCAGAUCAAAAUCCUCUCCAGCUGUGGAGAACCACAAUCUGGAUGUCUUGGCUGGAGACCUCAGAUUGUGCGGGAGUGUUUCUAAAGAAAACAGAGCAUCAGGGAGUGUGGCACCUGAGCAAAGGUCAUCAAGUGAAGUUGGUCUGGAGCAGAGCUGUCCGCUAAACCCAAGUAUGAAUCAGUUGAACCCACCUGUGAUAAGGAGGGAGCGACAGCGCCACUCAGACCGACCCCGAUCCCAUAGCGCCUCAGGCCUGGCAGCUUCUGUCGGAUUGCCCUGUCCUUUCUCAUCUUCAGAGUGGCACAGUACCAACAAGACAGAAUGCCAACCCAACCUAGAUGCCAUCACUUUCCCAGGCACUAUCCCCGAAAAUCUAACAAGUUCCGUGUCAGAAAUGGACAAUCAAAAUUCUGCCAAUGCCAACAAUUCCAAAGAUGCUCUAAACGACUUGGAGAAGACAGCCCAUGACCUUUCACCUUCACACCAAGAAGUCGCAGAGUCACUCACAUCUUUCUCUCACAGGCCAUGCCAUUCUGGAUUGCCCACUUCUCCCAAAGUCUCCACCUCUCCCAUUAGGUCCUUCCCCUCUCUACGGAUCUCAGAGUCCAGUAUUGGCUUUGCCUCAUCUGCAGCUGUUUCACAGGAGGAUGAUGAGGUGUUUUUAUCUCCAACCUCCCCACCACUACACCCACUAUCAAGAAGGGAGGGAAACUUCUCUGAAGAACCUCUGCUUCCCUACCCAUCAACCCAGCCUCAAAUAAAGGAAGAGUCACUUGACAUCACAGUGCCUCAAGAAUCACAAAAGCUGAGCAGCAUCUCUGAGAAACCACCUGUCACAGCCACCCACCAAGAGAGAGAAGGGGAGUUGCAUAACCUCUCAUCCCUAUCAGUAACCUCUGAGCCCAAUAUCACCAAUGUCACUGCUGUGAUCGAUGCUGAGGCAGAAGAGCUUUCAGAAAGCCCUGAGUCACCAUUGCUGGCCAGGAGGGAGCGCACGGAGGCGGAGGUGCGGGUGGAGAUUCUGGCCCGGGAGCUGGUGAGCCGAGACGAGGCUCUUGCUCCUCUUCUGGACAUCUGGGCAAGCACCACUACGCUGGACUUGAUGGAGGACAUCUUUCCCUCCUGCUCGUCUGCUCCAUGGCAGCAAGGAAAGAACAGCAGCAGUCAUGCAGGUGACAGUGCUCAGAAUGUGGUGUUUGUUGCUUCUGAGGCUCAUGUGAAAGCUGUUCAGGGACAGAUGGAGACUGAUCUGGACGAAGAAGAGUCCAAUCUGAAUGUGAAGAAGGUGGAGCUCGUGCAAGCUCUGACUGUGAGCUUAGAGGCAUUGCGGCUGGAGAGAGAGAGACUGGCCGAGGAGCAGCAGUGCUACAGUGCUCUGGGCUGCAGGAUAGAGGCACUGGUGCAGGAGCACUGCAAACCCAAUGAGAGUGAGAAGUACCGUAUGUUUAUUGGCGACUUGGAAAAAAUCGUCAACCUGCUGCUUUCUCUGAGCGGACGUCUGGCACGUGUGGAGAAUGCCCUUAACGCCCUGCAGGGGGAGCCAGAGAAGGGAAGCACAGAGGAGAGGGCGUCCUUGCAGCAGAAACAAAGGCAGCUGCGCAGUCAACAGGAAGACGCACGUGAGCUGAAAGAGAACCUGGAUCGACGUGAGCGCAUUGUGCUCCAGUUUCUGGGUGGCUACCUGAGCACUGCACAACUGCACGACUAUCGACGCUACAUUCGUGCCAAACCGGCCCUGCUCAUCCGCCAGCGCCACCUGGACGAACUCAUCCGCCAGGGAGAGGAGCAACUGUGCAGACUGACCGAGAACACGAACCAUGAGCUCAAUCCACAAACAGGCUCCGCCCCCUCCUCUUGUAGUGAUUCCAACUCGCCAAGACUGACCACUGUGACCUCGCUCUGACUGUCCAUUAGCCCUGAAAGCUGCUGAGAAGAAAAAACAUGACCAUGAAAGUUAGAACAAGUGUGAGAGAGAGAGAGAGAGAGAGAGAGAGAGAGACUGUUAUUACUAUUCCAUCACCACUCACAUGUGGGGAAGUGCCUUAAGUGAAGGAAUUCAAAAUAGCAUGAAGGACAACGUUAUUGUUCGCUUUAGGAAGUGUCAAUAGAUCUGUUCACACUACAAACUAUAAAAUUCCAUCCUGUGCCUGUCUUACGGAUAAAAAAGGGGGUUUCCUGCUUCUGACGUGAUUCAGAAUGAGUAGUAAUGCUGUAGUCUCACAUACAAACAAACACACAAUUAAUAGAUGAAGCUACUGCAAAGAUGAAAACUAAGGACUGUCUUCAAAUUUCCUUUUUCGCUGAUUCCCUUUCCUUUGAACAGCUCAAAGGCUUUCAGCCAUAGCAAUAAUUAUUUAUGAAUAUUCUACACAGGAAUGUGUGAGUAUGUGUGUACUACGUAAGAGUGCAUAGAGGAGAGCUGGUACACUUGUAAGACAUUUGUUUUCUCUAAAUGCACACAUGCAACUGUGACUACACUGUAUCCAUAUACAAGUACAUCACUUCUCUGUGUCUGUUUGAAAAAAAAAAACAACAACAACAAAAAACAGCAGGAUCCGUCCAGUCUGGCUGGAAAAAUUUGUGAAAAACCCUUUUUUGUGCUGGGUAAGUAAAAAAAAAACUACACCUGAAGUAUUUCUCUAAUGAUAUUUUUCCUUACAUGUUUCAGAGUUUGUGCAUGCUCUUUCAGUUUGCAAGAUUGUGAGAAAGCAUGGGUGUGACCUGUGGUACAAUUGUAACUCCUGUUAUAGUCUAAUUGUACAGCUCUUUGCAACAGCGGUGUCUCAGACGGUUAGGCGUAGUGAAAGGUGGCAUCACUCGGACAGGAAUUUCUGCGCUUGUAGAUCACCGAAUUUUGCUUAAACCAUAGUAACCCGGUUUUUGUACACUGCCAAAAAAACUUUGGUAAACAUUGUUAUUAUGGUUUAACUAUGGUUUUACUGUGGUGACUAUGAUAACAAAAAAAAAAAUAACAGAAAUAGAAAAAAUGAAAAAAAGAUAAUGUGUUUAUGGGCUCUGCAACAUGAGUCAUUUACAUGUUUAAAUGGGUGAUUGUUCUACAUGCACCUCUUCAGCACACACUUCACUGUAAUAUACAUCCAGUGAUCUUCUUCCAAGCCACACUCCAAGCUAUAUCACACAGAGUAAUGAAUGUAUGAUGGUUUAACAUUGAUUUUCCUGAUGUACACGUAAGUUUACAGCAUUUUUUGAGUGGUGUUACAACUGACCCAUGUUACAUUUGCCGCUUUGCCUUUACAAUAGUAACACGGGACGGAUUUUGGUUUCUGUGAAAAUGUACAGUACUUGCUGAGGAUGUGAGUGAACAUGCACUUGAUAAAAGAAGCAAAUAUAUGCAUGUUAUGCACGAAGUCUGUAAUUUAAAUCACUUAAACCAAAAAAAUGUACAAUUGUACCAGCUUUCUCACCUACUCUGAGCUAAUAUCUUUGGAUCGCAUUAUGCAAAGGUGUUUGCUCAGUCUCUGUACCACUGUAUUAAACCACUGUGAACAGGCAAUGGCAUGACAAUAGCAAAAAUAUUGCAAUUUAUGCAAGUACACAACACAAAAGGCAACUGCAGAGCCCAAAACACACAGAGACAUAGCUGCAAUAAUUACAUGACCAUUCCAAUCCUCCACAUCAACAGAGCACUUCAUGACUGGUUUACUACUCCUGAUUCUGAAUGAAUUGUAUACACACCAACACACACGUGCACGCCCACACAGCAAAAUCUGAGAAAUGCCACCCAAACGCUACCAUGGAAUUUUGAAUUAUUUAUAAAUAGCCUUUAUAUGAGGAUAUAUGUAAUUUGUACAUGUACAUAUGCUGUGCUAAUCUCUCCAGAUUUUUAAAGUUUGUAGUUUUUAGAAAAGAUUUGCCCAGAGUGCACAUAGCCUGUACAUAAUGUGAAUUGUUUUAGGAUGCCUAAAUAAAUACCAUAUUCACAGAAAAGCAAAAAAAAGUGCACGUCACUUAACCGUUCCAAAUCAACACAUCUUAAAAUGCUAUCAAUAAAAUAAUAUAUUGAUAGAAUAUCUGUCUAUUUCCCAUACAUAUCCAUUAGAAAUCAAUAUUUAAAUGACAGUGGUUGCUUUCUGUUGAUGGAUACUGUAUCAGCAGAUACUGAAAACACUGUCUGUUGCCCAAAAAUGUUUCUUUUUCAUCUUUAUUUUUUGCUAAUUUUAAACAUUUACAACACAUUGUAACCCUGUACAGAUAUAUGUAAGACACACUGUAAUGCUCACUGUAUGAAUGUGCACACCAAUACUGGUACCACCGAUACUUCACUUUCAUUGCCUUUGAUAGAAGUAGAACUUCAGUCUCAGCUUGAGUUGAAACUGACAGCUGAAGUGUUGUAUUUUUUGUUUUGUUGUUUUUUUUUGUUUGUUUGGUUUUUUUUUUUGGUUAAUGGAACACAUUGGACUUUGCUUUGUGCUGUUUGAAAAUGUAAAGAGAAAGCACAGAACCAAUUUACAAAUAAAUCUAUUGUGUAAAAGAA